UGAUUGCUGGUCUUGCGAUCGAACCCGCUUCGCGACGCCCUCCCUCCCUCUUUCUUUCUCAAUACUCCCCUGUCAAGUCGACAGUCGAGACAUCUCAACAAACAUGGCCGGGUCUCAGCUCAAGAGGCUGAAGGCCUCCCUCAAGGACCAAGGCAUCAUCGGUCCCCAGAGAUCCAAGAAGCAAAAGCGCCAAAACGCCCAGGACGCGAAGGCUUCCACCGACAAGCGACUCCAGCGCCACGAAGCUCUCGCCAGCAUCAGAGAGCAGUUCAACCCCUUCCAGUUCAAGACCAACGCCAGAGGACCCAAGUUCGAGGUCACCACCAACAAGCCCCAAAAUGAUAAACUCGCCAAGGGCAUUCAGGGCCGCCCCGGCGUUGCGAAGGCCACCGCUGAGCAGAGGCGACGGGAAACUCUACUGGUUGAAAUGCAGAGGCGCAACAAGGUCGGCGGCAUUGUCGAUAGGCGUUUUGGCGAGGACGACCCCAACAUGACCCUGGAGGACAAGAUGAUGGAACGUUUCGCGCGCGAGCAGAUGAAGAGCCACAAGAAGAACACCGUCUUCGAUUUGGAGGGUUCCGAUGACGAGCAAGAACAGGUCACCCUUACACACGCUGGCAAGACUCUCUUUGACGACGACGACAUUGAGGCGGGUCGUGACGAUUUUGACGAGGACGUUUCCGAUAUGGAAUCCGACGAUGAGCGGUCAGCCAGAAAGAAGUUCCUCAAGCGCCUGCGCGCUGAGGAAGAGGCCGCGGAAGGUGAAGGAGAGGAUGGACAACCGGAGAGGAAGAAGACGAAGAAGGAAGUUAUGGAGGAGGUUAUCGCCAAGUCAAAGGCCUUCAAAUACGAACGACAAGCAGCCAAGGAGGAGGACGACGAUCUAAGAGUGGAACUUGACAAGGAACUCCCAGAAUUGCAGUCCCUACUCUUCCAGAUGAGACCGAAGGAAACGAAGGACCCCAAGGGCCCCUCCGUUAUGGCAGGAAUCGACAUGGACCAACUUGAGAAGGAAUACAACAUGCGUCUCAAGCAGGCAGCGCGUGAAGCCAGGGCCGAGGUUACCGACAGGACAAAGACCGACGAGGAGAAGGCGGAGGAAGGAGUUAAGCGUCUCAAAGAGAUGGAGGAAAAGCGACUCAGGCGCAUGCGGGGUGAGAUCGUCUCGGAUGACGAGGAGGAGGAGGAGGAGGAGCAGAAGAAGGGCAGGAAGAAGGGAGACGACCAAGAGGUACAAGACGAGGCCGACGAGGACGAAUUCGGCCUCGGCAAGGGUAUCAAGCUACGAAUGACCGCCACCGAGAUGGGUCUGGACGACGAAGACGAUUUCUUGCUCGAAGACGACCUUAUCGCAAGCGGCUCUGAGUUGGAUAUGGACGAGGACGACAUGUCGGACAUGGACGGGAGUGAUGACGAGGAUGCCUAUGAUCCUGAUGAGGACGAGCUUGUGAAUGGUGGUGAGGACGGCGAGUCGAAGGAGGUGGCCACAAAACUUCAAGCUCAGUCAAAAGGCGGCGACGAGGACGGCAUACCCUAUACCUUUACAUGUCCCGAGAGUCACGAGCAGCUGCUGGAGAUCUUGGGCAGCCUUCCCGUGGCCAAACUUCCAGUGGCUGUCCAGAGGAUCAGAGCUCUUUACCACCCCAAGCUGGACGCGAAGAACAAGGAGCGCCUUGGAAACUUCUCCCGGGCCCUCAUCGAGCAUAUCGCUUACCUUGGCGACAACUUCGAGCCCACCUGGUUCCCUACCAUUGAGAACUUGAUCCGCCACGUCCACUCACUCGCGAAGACCUUCCCGAUCGAGAUAUCCAAGGCUUACAGGUCACGGCUUGAGGAGAUUAAGGAGGAUCGGCCCCUUGCCCUUAGCGUCGGCGACCUUAUGCUUCUGACAGCGAUUGGCACAACCUACCCUACUUCUGAUCACUUCCAUCAGGUGGUCACCCCUGCGAUGCUUUCCAUCACCCGUUAUUUGGGACAGAAAAUUCCCCAGACACUCGCCGACUACUCCAUUGGUGCUUACCUUUCGAUCCUCGCCCUUCAGUACCAAUCCUUCUCCAAGCGUUACGUACCAGAAUUUGUCAACUUCUGCCUCAACACUCUCUGCUCGCUCGCUGCUGAGAAGCCCAAGGAAAAGCUUGGUCUGUUCCCCGUUCACGAGCCCGCUGCUGGCAUCCGUGUCAAGGGUGCAAGCAAGGUGACCGUCAGGAAGCUCAACUGCGGUGACUGCCAGCAGCCCAAGAGCGCUCGCUCCACCAGCGACGACUCCGCUCUGAAGGUUGCCAUUAUCAGCACCAUCACCUCCGUUCUCAGGACUGCUUCCGAAACAUGGUGCAAACUCCCCGCAUUCUACGAGACCUUCCAGCCCGCCCAGCGCGUGCUCCAACACCUGACAACCAAGUCCAACGCCGCCCAGCUCCCUGCAGCCCUCGUCAAGCAGCUUAAGGACGCAACGACAAGCAUCUCCCGCCUCCUCCAGCUCGCCCAGGUUUCCCGCAGGCCACUCGAGCUGCACCACCACAAGCCGCUCGCCAUUAAGACGUACGUGCCCAAGUUUGAGGAUUCGUUUGACCCCAACAAGCACUACGACCCAGACCGCGAGCGCGCCGAGCUGGCCAAGCUGCGGGCCGAACACAAGAAGGAGCGCAAGGGCGCACUCAGGGAGCUCCGCAAGGACGCGGCCUUCAUGCAGCGCGAGAACCUCAAGGUCAAGAAGGCCAAGGACGAGGCGUACGAGAAGAAGUACAAGCGCUUGGUGGCGGAGAUCCAGGGAUCGGAAGGCCAGGCGGCGAACGAGUACGCAAGGGAGAAGGCGGCGAGGCUCAAGAAGAACAAGAGGUAAAUGGCUACUUCUUAGAAGGUUCGGGGGUAGCAGUCGGAGUAAGUUUGUGGUUGGCCGUGUUGUUGUUAGUGCCGUUGUUGUUGCUGUCAUGUAUACAUCAUCAUCAGCGUUCAGUGCAAGUGCAAUAUUUGGAUCAUGGGUUGGAGAUACCAUGUCUAUCAUAUCAUCUACUAGUAGGAGUUUUAAGAUCAUUUCAUCAUUUGCCAACCCUCAGUACGUACAUUAUCUACUCCUGAUGUUGUUUACAUGUGAUGUUUACCCAACCCACCAAUUUCAUCAUGGUACUCAUCCCUACCUGGAACUUUCAACACUUCAACGAAACUAUGUAAUUCCGGUUAUCGCUAUUGAUGGCGGAGCCUCAUCUGAAGAAAAAGAAAAGAAAAAGCAAACAACAAAUAACAAGAAAAUGACUGAAGACAAGGAAACACAGCAGUAUGGAGUUGCCCUUCGGUCGGCGUGUCCGUCCCGCGGCUAUAAUUCAAACAAUGCCGUUCUUCAAUCACUUCCCCCCCUCGUGCCACCCAUACUGUACCUCCAGCGCUGGCCCAACGACUAACUACAUAGUUAGUUACGACUUACGAACAAUAUAUAAGCGACCUAAACAACUAACAACCGCCGCACGUUAUCGUAUAACAAUAUCACUGGACCCCGAAAACCCCUAACCAGCGAAAUCGGCGAGAAAGUAUUUCCCAGGUACUCAGGUCCCGGGCGGAUGCUUGAUCAGUAUGUAUUUUGCCCAGUCUGAACUUUGUAAACUUUCAAAGACAAUCCACAUCUCUUUGUGGUGGUUUCUAGACGCUAUAGGCGCCGUAGACGAUGGUGUUGUGUUCAUCGGGGAAGUCGGGCACUCUACGACUCUUUUCAUUCUUCUCUCUUUCCUUUGCUACAUUCUCAAUAGCACGCGCCUUUUCUUCUGAGGGGAAGAGGCAAAGAGAAUCAUAAGCUGAUGACCUAGAUUCCGCUCCAGUUGGUAGUUGGGUCGAUCGGUUGGUUCCGAGUAAGAUCAAGAUUCCCGUCCCGUCGUCUAUGAGGGUCCCCGUGUCUCCCCAGCUCCAGGUUUCCGGCGGCCGCAAAAUGAGCCUCACGCACCUCUCAGUUGAUCGAAGGCUGGAAGAAUGGAUGUCAAGGCGACAUGUGUCAUUGCGAUCUUGACAUCGAUCGCAUCUUUGAAGCCAUGGAUGACUAUCGGUGAUCCCGCUGUUCAGGACCGAUGAUUUCGGCUUGCUGUUUCAGUUGGCUGCCUCUAACUAUCACCACGAUCAUGUGUCAAAGCUCGAAGAAGGAGGUGAAGUAAUGAAAACAAAAGAAAAACAAGAAAAAAAAUCCCAUAACACAUCAAAAAGCCAAUUCGACUCCGUUCCAGCCUAGGCGCCCUCACAGAUACGGCCCCCAAAAAGACAGAUAUGUCUGGUCCACUCCAACUGUAUUCUCAUACACAGCCUCUUCAAGCGCGCGCUUAGAGGCGCAUGUGGAUAUGAUCACCCCAGAGGCCUCCUGAUGAGGCUCUUCCUCGGCAGUCACUCACAUGAUACUUUGUCAAAACGAUGUAUUCUUUCCUACUAGAAAUCCCAUCAGGGUUCACUUUUCGGCUCCCUUUUCCGAGAGCAUAGUAGGUCUCAAAAGCGGGUCGCCGGGCUGUGGAAGAUUGAGGCUGUGUGCAGUGUUGUUUUGACGUGGUGAGUUUACUAGUUACCUAGUGGGUUUCGAAACAUCUAAACGUGCCCAUUUCCGCGUAUCAACAAAAAUC